AUGGGAAAGAGAAACAAAAUCACCAGAAACAACUCAAGAAGCAUAUCCUUGGCAAGGAAAGCUGAAGAGGUAUCAUUAAGCUUGUUUACGGGCUUACCAAGGUCAUUAUGGCCUAGCCACCGCGGGCGGCGCCACCAGGAGGCCAACAUCUUCCUCCAACACCGUGGGCGGCGCCACCAGGAGGCCAACACCUUCCUCCAACACCGCGGGCGGCGCCACCAGGAGGCCAACACCUUCCUCCAACACCGCGGGCGGCGCCACCAGGAGGCCAACACCUUCCUCCAACACCGCGGGCGGCGCCACCAGGAGACCAACACCUUCCUCCAACACCGCGGGCGGCGCCACCAGGAGACCAACACCUUCCUCCAACACCGCGGGCGGCGCCACCAGGAGACCAACACCUUCCUCCAACACCGCGGGCGGCGCCACCAGGAGACCAACACCUUCCUCCAACACCUUCCUCCAACACCUUCCUCGGCGCUGUCCGGGAGAGGCGUCCUUGGCCUCAGGGACUUGGUUUAAACCCCAUUUUUAAAAUUUUAAAUUAGCUUCAGUUUUUUCAGGAUAAAUAUAUUUGGAGCCUUUGCAUUCUAUAUAAUAAAUAUAUAUCCUUGUGACACUGUUUUGCAAAGGAAAAUUUAAAGAAUUUAACCUUUGCUAGAAGUACAUUCUUUAGAUUUGAAAGUGUUGUGCACUGAAGAUGUUUGUCAUGUGGAUGUGUUGUUUAGGAUGUGGAAUGACUGAGUGCGUGAAUAGAUUUGACUAUGGAUGUUAUCAUGCAAAAUGUAAGCAUAGAUUAUGUACUGAAUGAAUUCGUUCCUUUUGAGCAUUUCUUACUGAGAGCAACGCACCUCCAGAGAUUUCCCAAAACCAGGCUAUCAUGUGAACCCAAAAUCCUAACCUAACCUUUCCUACCUCCUAUUUACUCCGUAGAUAGAGGGGCUUUAUUAGGACUUUGUGUCAAGCUAUAGAAGACAAACAUUAAAAUUCUGGCUGUGUGAGGAUGUUGUGGACUUAGUCUCAUCGGAUUUUGUCAUUUUGCACUAAAUAUGACGGCACUGCAGCUGUACCUGAUGUAUAUAUUACUCUAUUUUUUUAUGCUAUAUAAGAUAACAGUGACUAUUUUCCUCUAUCUCUGUGCGUUUCUCUCAGUUACAUUAACCUCCUGUUAUACGGCCUCUAGACAGACAAACUUGGGACUGGCUGUGAGUGAGGAUUUCAGUACAUUUUUAAAACUAUUAUUCAGGGGCAAGCUGCCAUCAUGUUUUGACAAAUUAAAUGAAUACUAUUGAAAGUUUGCCCAAGUACAAGUGCCCAUGUAAUUUAGAGUUGAACCUACUUGAACAUGAAUAAAUUAUUUUACUGAUCA